AUGGAAAAGGGAAAACAACGCACUUCAUUUAUAAAAAUGACCAUCAGAAAUAUUCUCCGCUGUGUGCUUUUUCUGUGUUUUGUGCAUUUUUCCUGUCAAGGACCCAUAGAAACCCAAAUUAAGAACACGAUUGAUGAAGUGUAUCAAAGUUGUAGAUCGGACAAAAAUCCUGGCAUUGUUGUAGCAGUUGUUAAAGAUGGCCAGGAAGUCUUGACGGAGACUUUUGGUGUCAAGGACAAAAUUUCUAAGGAGCCCGUUACAAAAGAUACGCUCUUUGGACUGGCUGGACUAUCCGCUUUAUUUGCCAAUGUUCUCUUUACCAAGAAGAGUGCUGCUUUUGACGCAAUAAACGAAGACACAACUCUCAGAAACCUGUUUGGGAAUAACAAGAUCUUUAAGAAAUCCAAGCUGCGUUCUAGAUACGCAACAACACUGGAUAUAAUGGCACAUCGGUUGGGGAUAAGGAAUACUCCGUAUCUCUUCCUGGACGAGACCGUCACAAGGGGUGGUCCUGUUAUCGAUCGAAUUGCUAGUAUGAGAGCAAGGGGACGGUUCCGGGAUAGCAUGUUCUACAAUGAGGUAUUAUACUCUAUUCUGACCACCAUCGGCGAGAGACUUGGGAGUGAUGCCUGGGAACACCUGGUAGACGUAGAAAUCUUCCAGCCUUUGGGAAUGACUGCAGCAAAUUUUACGACAAUAGUGUCUCCCUCAACGUCUGACAUUGCCCAGGCCUAUAAAAAUGACGAAGGCACACUUUAUCCAGUACCACACGAAUUUCUAAGAAAGUGGACAAGACUGUGUGCCACCACGUGCGUCAUGUCCAGUGUAAAGGACAUGGCAAAAUUCAUGAAAUUCCUCCUCGGAAACGGAACAAUACCUGGUACAAGCAACAUUUUACUCUCUAAGAAAAGUCACGAAGAUCUAUUUGAUGCCUACAAUCGUCUUCAAAACCCUAGCAUUGAGGAUUAUUUCUUAACAAUUAGAGGUCUCCCGGUCAGUAGAACACAUUUUGCCUACGCUCAAGGAAUAAAAAAAGGAAUCUACAAUAACGAAAGAAUACUUGAAAGUGCUGACGACAUGUUUGGAUACAACACUCUGUUGACACUGUUUCCAGAUCAUGAUUUGGGCAUUUUCAUAGCAAUGACUGGAGAGGAUAAAGACGAUCUCUUCCGAACAGCCCUUAGUAGUUACAUCUCGGAUCUUUACCUUGGUAAACAGGUUUGGCUGAACGCAACUCUUCUAUGCAGCUUCCCUGCACCGUUCAUGCCUGCUCCAGCAGAAGAUACUCCGAAAACACACCCAGAAGUCCCGAUUGGUAGAAAUUUGGAUGAUUUUGUUGGUAACUAUACAAGUGACAUUUAUGGAGCAGCAAGAGUAGUUAGUGACAAUGGAGCUUUAAAAUUUAUAUAUGGCUUUGGAGAGUUUAAUUUGAAAAGAGAAGAAACUAAGUCAUUGAAGUUUAAUAUGUUUCCAACGGGAUUGAUUGAACAUAUGAUUCCUGUGGACGAUUUGCGGUUCAAAGAGGACUCAAAAACAAAUCAGAUCGAAUCUUUGAAAGUAGACAGGUUUGAUGGCGGUGAGUUUACAAGAGAAAUGCCGACUCCACCUACAACCACCCCCGCCACAGCACAAACCCCAGCCUCAGCUGGCGGUUUAGCAAUACCGCUCUAGUAGCUGCCAGGAACAAUCCAGAAUCAAAUGUUUUACUUUCCAUGUUCUGUUAUAUACUUGAUUUAAUUUGAAUUAUGAUUUAUUGCUAUUACAGACAAAGUCUACAGUUUUAUCUUAAUAAAAGCAGUAAACCUUC